AUGGGUUCAGUCCUAAAUGUGUCAGACGCUCCAACCGUCAGAGUGUUCAUUGCGGGAGGUUCGUAUGCUGGCCUGUCCGUGGCCACCAAUCUUCUCGACCUCGGACAGGGUCUCUCGCCACGCAUGUUCCAGCAGCCAUACGAGCAUCACCCCAACCUUCCCCGCGUAAACUGGGACAUUACCGUUGCUGAUGAGAGAGACGGUUUUUAUCACUUGAUUGGGUCUCCGCUUGCCCUGGCUGACGCAGAGUAUGCCAAGAAGGUCUGGAUUAAAUUCCAAGACCUCCCUGGACUGCAGACCCCCCAGAUCAAGUUCAUCCAGGCCUCUGUAUCAAGUGUUGACUGCGAGGCAAAGACAGCCACUACAAUUGACAGCACAACCAAGGUUGCCAGCACACACGAGUAUGACUACUUCGUUGCUGCCACCGGUCUCCGGAGGGUGUGGCCGGUCGUGCCCCAAUCCCUGACGAGAAAGCAGUAUCUUCUCGAAGUCGAGGAGCAUAUUCAUUCAGUUGCCAGCGCCCAGCACGGCGUGGUUGUUGUGGGAGGUGGAGCGGUCGGCAUUGAGAUGGCAGCUGAGCUUAAGCUGGUUAAGCCUGAUGUAAAGGUUACUCUUAUCCACUCCCGAGACAAGCUUUUAUCAUCAGAGAAUCUCUCAGACGAGUGCAAGGACAAGGCCUUGGAGCUACUCAAGGAGGCCGGUGUUGAUGUAUUGAUGAGCCAUCGACUCGCAUCUACCACGGAGGCUGAGACCGCCAACGGGUCCCCCAAAUAUGAGAUUGAGUUUACUAAUGGGCACAAAAUGUCUGCCAGUGUGGUUAUCAUGGCCAUGUCCAAGAGCAAGUCAACAGCGACCUAUCUGCCUUCAUCGGCAAUUGACGGGGACGGCUACGUUAAAAUCGAGAGCAAUUGCACUUUCUCCCCUGGCACCCCGAAUGCCGAAUUCCACCUCUGCGCCGGAGACUUGACCAAGUGGUCGGGCAUCAAGCGCUGCGGCUGGGCCAUGCACAGCGGCCACUAUGCCGCUCAGAACAUUCACAAAUUCCUCCUGAAGAAGCAUGUAGGCCAGGAACCCAAGUUUGCAGAGCUCCAAGAAGUGCCCCCCAUGAUUGGAUUGGCGGUGGGAAAGACGGCUGUUGCUUCGGGGCCCGAGGGCACCGUCUUUGGAGAGGAUGUCAUGCAGGCCUACUUCAAACACGACCUUGGAUUUACGAUUUGUUGGGACUGGAUGGGCCUCGCUGGACGGAAGGAGGAUAAGACUGACUGA